UGUGAUUUGAACCGUCUAUGGGUCUCUCAGCCAUGGAUACCAACACCUGUUCCAGUGGAGGUGGCGGAGGGUGCAGUGGACUCCGUGAGGGUCCUUAGGUUUGGUGGUUUAAUGCUCUGUUUUUGUUCUGGUUGGCCUCCUGCCAGGAGGUGGUGCUUUCCAGAGAGCCUCGUCUGUGGUAGUAUGGAGAGGGACCAGCGGUGGGUGGGGCCCUAGAACUCCCAAGAUUAUAUGCCCUUUAGACCAGGGUGAAUAGGAAAGGACUAGCAGAUGGGAGCAGGGCUAGGUGUGUCUGAGCGCAGACUCUCCUUACGCGGGUCUUGCUGUUGCUGCUGUGGAAGAUGGGGUGAGAGUCCCCGGUCACUGGAGUUGUGUACCUAGGAGGAUUAUGGCUGCCUCUGCUGAGUCAUGCAGGUUGUCAGGGAAGUGGGGGAAAGCUGGCAGUCACAGGCCUCACCCUGCUCCCCUGCAAACUGAAGGACCAGUCUCACUCCCACUGUGCCAUCUGAACAACCCCGAGUCUGUUUCCAGGCGAAGGGUGAGAUGGACUUAAAAACUUGCCCGAGGCUAUCUGCCUCCCAGCUGCGAGAGAAAAGGACUUUAGCUUUCCCCCACUGCCUGUGAAGUCUGCAUGCCAAUUCAUGCCCUUCCCCAAGUUCUGGCCAGGAGGCUUUUUGCCCCAUUCAAAUUGUUACAAAGUUCAGCUAGAGAAUUCCUUCUCCCUAUGGAGUUUUACCGUCUGCUCCUCUGGCCACCCUCCCAAUGGAUCCCUGUGGUGCCAGGCAGGAAUGGGCUGCUUGGGGACCCAGCGAGCUCCCAGGGCCUUUCUGCCGCUUCCUCUGCUCCUGUAUUUCGCUCAGCGUUCCAACUUGACUCAGCUCCAGGUAAAGUGGGAAACUUCUGCAAAUAGACCCUCAGCUUCUCCAGUGGGAGUGUGUGUUUGUGAGAGGAGGGUCUCCCUUGCCCACUCGCACAGUUCGGGCGCUCACAGUAUUUCGGGUGUCUCCCAGGUCCUACAGGAGCAGUUCGCUUCCUUCAGGGUGUCUGUGGGUCCUCUUGGGAUUGCUGGUUUGUUCUUGUAGUCGAUCUGGAGCUAAAAUUCACAAUCUGGAGUCUAUUUUAAAAUUAUGGUGAUAAAUUUGAGCCCAUGUGUGUUUUUCUCUGAUAAGGUUCUGCUGCUCGUAUUGCUAGCACAGAACAAAUGUAAAGUUGAGUUUCACUAGAACUAUGAUUUAGCCAACUGAGCUUUUUAGAGGAAGAGGAGAACAGAGGAAGUGGAGGUAUAUAAGUUAGUGAUAAGGGCGAUGAACUGUGAAAUCUAACCUGGGAAAGGAAGAAAUGAAGGUGUGGAGGAGGUAGAUGAACAGUGAAAAAGUGGUAGGGGCAAUAGAUUAGAGAUCCCAGUGGAGCUAAUGGAGUCUAUGAUCAUCUUAGAGAAGGUGAACCAAAAAGAGAAGAUCCAGGAGUCUAUACAUGCCAACAAUUAACCACUCUUUCUAUGGAUUCUUCUCAAAUUUAGAUGGUGCUCUUCUUUUUAGCUUUCCCCUGUGAAAAUGGAGGAGAGAUCGUUAUUACAGAAAUUGCUUUCAUAGCUGCUUCUGUAGCAAUGACCUCUUUGCUAAACCUCAAUUGUACAGUUCUCUAGUGCCUGCAAGAAUUGCCUGAAUGCUCUACCAGCAUUUUCUACUAAUUAUAUGUAAAUUAUUUUUAACAAUUCUUCAUUCAAAUUCACCUGUUCUGGAUGCCAUUCUCCCUCUAUGAGUCUCUCUCCUGACUCUUUCCUCUCCUUGCCUCCAGUUUUAAUCAUUACUAAGUAAGUUAGCUUGUAAAAUAUUUAUUGGAUCUUCUCUACAUUUCCAGGGCCCACCGACCUUGUUGGCCCAUCCAGUGCCCAUUCAGCUCCCUAUCUUGCACCUUUGUUUCCCUCUUUUUGGGAUAUCUUCCCUUGAAUGUUAAAAUCCUUUGGCCACAAAUUUAAAUGACAUCUAUUCUAUAAACACUGCCACGACUUCAGUUCAUUGGAUUUUGUUAAUUGUUGCCAAAAUGGUAUCCUCUUUUUUUUCCUCCAAUACCAGGUUAAUUUUCAAAAUUAUAUUCUUUAUAGCCACAGCCCUUCUCAAAAACUUUUAGGAGUUUUCUGUUUCUCCUAGAAUAAUGUCCAGACUCUUUAGCAUAGGCUCUAGCCUUCUUUCACAUUCUCAUUUUCUUCACCUCUUCUUGGAGUCUUUCUAGGGCCCACUGAACUUGUUGGCCCAUCCAUUGCUCUUUCGAUCCCCUAUCUUGUACCUGCAUUUCCCUCUUCUUGGAAUAUGUUCUCUGACUGGUAAAAAUCCUUUGAGCACAGAUUUAAAUACCACCUACUCUAUAAACAUUUUACACGCUCCUCACUGUUGAAAAUAGUCUCUCCUUCCUCCAAACUUGCAAAAUAACUCUGUGUAUACCUGUUAGUCAUAAGAAUACUUUUCAAUUUUAUAAGCGUACAGUUUUCAAACUGCUUUUACAUAUGUUUUACUUUAUUCUCUACAACAAGAGGAGGUUUUCUUUAGCACCAUUUUAAAGAUAUGGAAACUGGGAAUGAGAAUUAUUUAAAUUACACGUACUUGUCACUGUCACCCUUUGAAUAAUUUAUAUUCUUAUUUUUCUUGUUCCCAGACUUUGUCCUUCAAUGCACUGAAUCAAAGCUUUCAUUAAUAGGCAGUCUUAUUUGUUGAAUGAAUGCAUGAAAGGCUGGUUUUAUGAAAGCAAAAAUGUUUUUCAUAAUUAGUAUUUGAAAAGAUGUGUUUUUCAAGUAACUUGCAUGUUAAUAGCUGUUUUUUAUGAUGUGGACUUUGUUAAGUCUGGCAGUAAGAAAAAAAAAGUCACCAAAGCUGAACGAUUGAAGCUGCUACAAGAGGAGGAAGAGAGACGACUGAAAGAGGAAGAGGAAGCCCGUUUGAAAUAUGAGAAAGAAGAAAUGGAAAGGCUUGAAAUACAACGAAUUGAGAAAGAAAAAUGGAAUCGACUUGAAGCAAAAGAUCUAGAAAGGAGAAAUGAAGAACUUGAAGAACUUUAUUUAUUAGAGAGGUGUUUUCCUGAAGCAGAGAAAUUGAAACAGGAGACUAGAAUGCUUUCUCAGUGGAAACACUACAUUCAAUGUGAUGGGAGUCCUGAUCCUUCAAUAGCCCAAGAAAUGAACACGUUUAUUAGUUUGUGGAAAGAGAAAACAAAUGAGACUUUUGAGGAAGUGAUUGAGAAGAGUAAAGUAGUGCUAAAUUUAAUUGAGAAAUUGAAAUUUAUUUUAUUGGAAACUCCACCGUGUGAUUUGCAAGAUAAAAAUAUAAUACAGUACCAAGAAUCAAUUCUACAACUGCAGGAGCUCCUUCAUCUUAAAUUCAAUGUAGCCACAGAAAUACUUCUCAGACAAGCUAGUACUUUGGCAGAUCUGGACAGUGGAAAUAUGGAAAAAGUCAUUAAAGAUGAAAAUGUUACUCUAUAUGUGUGGGCAAACCUCAAGAAGAAUCCAAGGCACCGAAGUGUCAGAUUCUCUGAAACACAAAUUGGAUUUGAGAUUCCAAGGAUAUUAGCAACAAGUGACAUUGCUGUACGACUCCUGCAUACUCACUAUGAUCAUGUUUCUGCACUGCACCCUGUUUCAACACCAUCAAAAGAACACACUUCCUCAGUAACUGAGCUUGUCAAAGAUGAUGUUGAGAAUGUAGAAAAAGCAAUCAGCAAAGAGGUCGAAGAAGAGUCCAAACAACAAGAAAAACAGUCUCACUUAAUUCAGGAGGAAAAAUUAAAAGUUGAGGAGGAACAAGAUGAUAUUGAAGUGAAAAUGAGUUCUGCUGAGGAAGAAUCUGAAGCCAUAAAAUGUGAACUAGAGAUGAAAGUAUUAAGUGAAACUGUUUCAGCAGCACAGUUGUUGCUGGUAGAGAAUUCUUCUGAAAAGCCAGAUUUCUUUGAAAACGAUAUGGUGGAUUUAUUCCAGUUCACAACUCUGGGUGGAGUAUACCACUUGGAUAUUUUGGAGCUUCCUCCACAGUGUAAACCAGUGAAGGGAUGGAUGAUUGUGGAAAUACUCAAAGAAGGAUUACAGAAAUACACAUAUCCUCCAGAAACUACAGAAGACUUUGAGACAGAAAAUGCUUUCCCACCUAUAGAGGUCACUCUUGAGGUUCAUGAGAAUGUCAUCUUUUUUGAGAAUCCUAUGGUUGUAAGGUGGGAUGCUGAAGGUAAACAUUGGAGAACUGAUGGCAUCAGCAAUGUAUCCUACAAACCAAAGGAAAGACUUGUAACAUUCAGCCUGGACACCUUUGGCCCUGUUACCUUGAUUCAAGAUGCUCAUAUUAACAUGCCGUACCAGUCAUGGGAACUAAGACCACUUGAUGUAAAUAAAGUACUUUUAACUGUGACUACAGUAUUUACUGAGAUUCAGAUACAAAUUAAGGAAAACCUCUGCAUGUUAUCUUCAGUCAAACUGAAAGACAAGAAACACAUCUCUAUUUUGGAAGGGACAUGGAUGACUCCUAUUCCUUUCAUUAUUGCUUUGAAAGAAGCUGGACUGAAUAUUUUUCCUACUAGAUACUCUCAUUUUUAUGUUGUUAUCAACAAUAAGGUGAGGGAACACCUUCCUGAAGAAUGUACUGAGAAUCCUAAUUGGGCCCUUUUAAUGUUUAGUGGUGACAGAGCACAAAGACUCAAGAUCAAGGAAGAGAGUGAGGCAUUUUCUGAAGCGCUUAAAGAAGAAACUGAGUUUCAUUCUACUUUAUAUCACAUGGUGAGGGAUUUCGCUUCUAAAGAAGCAAUGGAGAAAGUCAGGAGUUCCAACUGUCAGUUUGUCAACUCUGUGUGCCACAUGCUGCUCUCUACCAGAUUGCUCAGCUACUCCUAACCUCCACUUACAAACUGUAUUCAGUAUGAAGAACCAAGCGUGGUGAAAGACAGGUAUUUCUGCAACAGAAUGUAAUGAGUGAAUGAAUACAUUUCACAUCAACUAUUAAAA